AUGCUGCUGCUGCGGCUGCUGUUGUUCUUGCUGCUGCACAGGGCACUUACCUGCUGUGCAGAUUGCUGCUUUGGCUUGUGGUUUGUUUUCGAACUUGCAAUUUGCUGCUGCUGCUGCUGCUGCUGCUGCUGCUCAGGGCUGAUAGCGAAGCACCUGCAUGUGACCUUCCAGACGCGGCCGGUGGCCUUCGUGCGCUGCAGCGGGGGAGCAGCAGGAGAAGCAGCAGCAGCAGCAGUUUGUUUGGCGCCCUGCAGCAGCAGCAGCAGCCUGCGGCGAUCCUGGGCAGUGUCUGCUGCUGCUGUUGCUGCUGAGCUGCAGCGGCAGCAGCAAGACACCGUGAGCCUCAAGUUCUGUCUGGAGUGGUUUGCUGCUGCUUCGGAGCAGCAGAAGCAGCAGCUCUGCGGCGCCGCCGACGCGCCCCCCCCCGCAGCAGCAGCAGCAGCAGCAGAUCUGCAGAAUGAACGCAAAGCCCUGCAAGCUGCUGUGCUGCUGCAGCUGCUUGAUGCUGCUGGACUCUUCAGCGAAAGCGGCGGCAGCACUGUCUUUGGCUCAGCUCUUGCUUCUGUGCCUUUUGAGUUUCAGGAGGCAAUGUUUAUUUGUCUGGAGCUGCUGCGUCUGGGAUUUCUGAGCGGAGAUCCUCUUGAGAGUUUGCCGGGGCGUCCAUUCCCUCCGGGUGUACAGACAGCUCUGAUGCAGCCAUAUCCGAGCGAAGCUGCUGCUGCUGCUGCUGCAGCAGGGGGCGCAGCAGCAGCAGCAGCAGCAGCGGGGGGCGGCGCAGCAGCAGCGGCCGGCGCGCGAGACGUGCAGCGCGCGGGGCUGCUGCUGCAGCGCGUGGCCUCGUUGCUGCCGCUGCAGCUGCGGCAGCAGCAACCUUGGCUUGCUGCUGUUUGCAUGGAUCUUUUGGGAUUUAAUUGUCUUGUUAAUUUAAUUCGAAAUGCUUUUCAAGAACUCACGCAGACUGCCCUCGUCAGCAUGCUGCUGCAGAGCCCGCACCUAGCGAAGGUGCUGCCGCGGCCAGGAGACGCAGCGUUUGGAUCUUUCUUGCCUUCUUUUGCUGCUAGUGGCUGCUCCUUGGGUUUAGUGUUUCGGUUUUUGCUGCACUACGGGGGCCCCCCGGGUCUUGCUGCGUUUGAGGGGGCAGUUGCUGCUGCUUUUCCUGCUGCUGCAGCGCCGCUGCAGGACCUUUGUGCUGCUGCUGCUCUCUGGGGACACCUGCGAGAAGCAAUUAGGGGCCUCAGUCUUGCUGUUGAUGUUGCUGAACUUUGGACUGAAGUGCAGCAGGCCGACGCGCUGCUGCAGCAGCAGCUGCAGCACACGGGCCUCUGCACCCACAAGGCCUACACCCACAGGCGCCCCUGA